CCACUACGCUGUCCAGCCUGAAACAGGUUGAACACAUCUGUCUCUUCUCUUAUUUUAAUCAUCUCGUCUUUAACUCCCUCACUUUCUCAACGUCUGUCUCCACAUUGGACACGAGCCAGGCUGGUUGUUUGGACAUGAAGCUGUGUCUUCUUCUUCUCCUGUCGUGCCUCUGCUGUGCGGGACUGACUGAGGAGGCCAGUCCAGGACCUACUGAUGUCUCUCCUCCUGUCCACGAAGAGGAGGAGACGGAGGUUGACAGCUGUGGAGGAGGGCGGGCCUUCAGCCCUGAGGAGCACAGGGCGAUAGGGGGCGCCGUCGAGCGGCUGGGUUUAGAGCUGCUGGAAAAGCUCCCUGUUGGUCCACAGCAGCCGAACGUCAUCCUGUCCCCUCUCAGUCUGGCCCUGGCCCUCGCCCAGCUCGCCUUAGGAGCUCGUAACGAGACGGAGCGGCUGCUGCUGCAGAGCCUCCACGCCGCCACGCUGCCGUGCUUCCAUCACGUCCUGGGACGCCUGGCGCCUCACCUCACCAACACGUCUCUGCAGGUGGCCGCUCGCAUGUACCUGAGGCCGGGCUUCGAGGCCAAACUGUCCUUUGUGGAGGAGUCUCUGAGCAGGUACCGGUCGUCCCCCGUCCCCCUGGUCUCUGUGGACGAGGUCAACCAGUGGGUGGAGAACGCCACCAACGGUCACAUCCCCAACAUCAUGGAGAGCAUUUCACACGACGUGGUGCUGAUGCUCGUAAACGCCGUAUACUUCAAAGGUGAGUGGCAGACCCAGUUUGACCCCCAGGUGACCUCCAGGGGGCCGUUUUACCUGAACAGCCAGAACUCUGUCUCUGUGGACAUGAUGAAGUCUGCGCAGUAUCCUCUCCGCCUGCUGGACCACCCAGAGCUGGAGGCACAGGUUGCCAGUUUUCCCUUUAAAGGAAACAGCAGUUUCCUGAUCGUCAUGCCGUCGCCGGGCAGAGGAAACGUGUCAUCGGUGCUUCCCAAACUGAACAUCUCAGACCUGUACAGGCGUUUACCUCAGCCCAAAACGAUGCAGGUACACUUACCCAAAGUGAAGCUGCGGUACAGCCAGGAGCUCCAGGCGGCGCUGACCAGCAUGGGACUCGGCUCGCUGUUUUUGGGUCCAAACCUUUCGGGGAUCUCUGACCAUCCCCUACGGGUGACGGAAGUUCGCCACGCCAGCACUGUGGAGCUCAGCGAGGAAGGCGUGGAGGCGUCCGCCACCACCGUGGUCACCUCCAUGCGCUCCGUGUCUCUCUUCGCCGUCAACUCCCCCUUCCUCUUCGCCCUUGUUGACGACGCCUCCCUGGCGCCGCUCUUCAUGGGCGUCGUCACAAACCCCGCCCUCGACAACGACCCCAUGCUGAACGACGAUCCCAGCCGCAACAGCACCAUGAGCGACCAGCCUGAGACGGAGACGGCCAGGGACAGAGACAUUAUCAGCCAACACAGCAACACGUCCUGCAGCGAGACGGCGGAGGACAGCAGCGUGCAGGCGUGUAGCGCCCCCGCUGGUGACAGGGGGCCGCUGCAGCGUGUGAAUGGACUGUAACAGGAUAUCUGAUCCAGACCGGAUGACUGGUUGGUUGACAAUUUUGGAAAAAUGCUGUUUAACUUUCUCACUGAGGUCGAAGGUCUUUACACACCAAAGUUCUGAUGAAUAAAUGAUCAAAAAUA